GUCCCGUUUGGACGUAAUAAGGACUUUGUAGGACGCGAAUCGACUCUAGGGCAGCUUCUUGAGAGAAUCCCUCCUAGUGCCGACAAGGACGACUGCCAGCGGACUGCUAUCGAGGGCCUCGGAGGCGUUGGAAAGACUCAAAUCGCGCUUGAGGCUGCCUUUCGGGUCCGGGACGAGCACCCGGACUGCCAUGUCUUCUGGGUCCCCGCUGUCGACGCCGCUACGUUCGAGAACUCCUACCGUGAGAUUGGCCGGCAGCUCCAGAUCGCGAGGAUCGACGACGAUAAGGCGGAUGUCAAGCUACUCGUCAAGACAGCUCUGAGCCAGAGUGCUGAUAACUGGCUGUUGAUUGUCGAUAACGCCGACGACGUCGAGCUACUCUUCGGUGCCGCCGGGGCUACGCCGUUGUGCGACUGUCUCCCUUUUAGUCAUAAGGGCUCCAUCCUGUUUACAACUCGGAACCACGAGGCGAUUGUCAAUCUCGACAUCCCGCAGAGGGGCAUCGUGAACCUGGCAGAGAUGAGCAGGCCCGAAGCGGUCGAUCUAUUGCAGAGAAAUGUAGCAGUACACCAGCUCAGCGACACGCAGAGCACAACGAGCCUACUUAACUUCCUGGUUGACCUGCCGCUUGCUAUUAAACAGGCAUCUGCCUACAUGGCAAAAACAGGUAUAACAACAGCGCAGUACCUCAACUAUUGCCAGUCGGGUGACGAGCGCUUGAUCGAGCUGCUCAGCAAGGAUUUUCAGGAUCGAACCCGCUAUAAGAGUACCCGAAAUCCAGUUGCUGCGACAUGGCUGAUUUCUUUUCGCCACAUCUCCCGUGACAACCAGCUCGCCGCCCAGUACCUGAGAUUCAUGUCCUUCCUUGCCGAGAAGGAGAUUCCGAAAAGUCUCCUCCCGCCGGGGAACAGCGACCUAGAAGCAGACGAAGCGAUCGGCACGUUGAAAGCGUACGCAUUUAUUACCGAGCGACCCGGCCAAGAGUCGUACGACAUGCACAGACUUGUCCGACUGGCAAUGCGAAAUUGGUUGACGGAGGAAGGAGAACUUAAGGCAUGUGCUACGACUCUAAUACAGCACCUCGAUAAAGUGUUUCCUUUCCCAAAGCUCGAGAACAGGGUCGUCUGGGUAAGGCAUCUGCCGCAUGCCUUAACUGUAUUGGGGUUCCGAGACCAUUCAACCGACGACGCAGCCAAGUCAAGUCUUCUCUUUAAGGUUGCGAAGAGUACUUCUAUGCUUGGGAAGUAUCAAGAUGCCGAGGCGCUGUACCGGCAGACGCUUAAGCUACGGACGCAAGUGCUCGGCGCCGAGCAUCCCGACACGCUCGCCAGCAUGAACAACCUUGCGAUCUCGCUUCGCAACCAGGGGAAGUAUAAGGAGGCUGAGGCGCUCUACCGGCAGACGUUUAAGCUACGGACACAAGAGCUCGGCGCCGAGCAUCCCGAUACGCUCGCCAGCAUGAACAACCUUGCGAUCUCGCUCUUCAUGCAGGGGAAGUACGAGGAGGCCGAGGCGCUCUACCGGCAGACGAUUAAGCUACAGACACAAGUGCUCGGCGCCGAGCAUACCGAUACGCUCCGUAUCAUGCACAACCUCGCGAACUCGCUCUUCAUGCAGGGGAAGUACGAGGAGGCCAAGGCGCUCUACCGGCAGACGCUUAAGCUACGGACGCUAGUGCUCGGCGCCGAGCAUCCUAACAUGCUCAGCAGCAUGCUCGGCCUUGCGAACUCGCUUCGUAACGAGGAGGCCGAGGCACUCUACCGGCAGACGCUUAAGCUACAGAUACAAGAGCUCGGCGCCGAGCAUCCCGAUACGCUUACCAGCAUGAAGAACCUUGCGAUCUCGCUUCGCAACCAGGGGAAGUAUAAGGAGGCUGAGGCGCUCUACCGGCAGACGUUUAAGCUACGGACACAAGAGCUCGGCGCCGAGCAUCCCGAUACGCUCGCCAGCAUGAACAACCUUGCGAUCUCGCUCUUCAUGCAGGGGAAGUACGAGGAGGCCGAGGCGCUCUACCGGCAGACGAUUAAGCUACAGACACAAGUGCUCGGCGCCGAGCAUACCGAUACGCUCCGUAUCAUGCACAACCUCGCGAACUCGCUCUUCAUGCAGGGGAAGUACGAGGAGGCCAAGGCGCUCUACCGGCAGACGCUUAAGCUACGGACGCUAGUGCUCGGCGCCGAGCAUCCUAACAUGCUUUACAGCCAGGGGAAGUACGAGGAGGCUGAGGCGAUAUCCUUAUACCACUAUUAA